AUGGAGCAUUUAAUUGUUUUGUUACCAGCGUGUAAUUGUUGUUUAUUGUGUUUGUUUAUUUGUUUGUUUGCAGUGCCUAACAAUUACUCUUGUGUUGCAGGAGACGUGAUGACGGGCGUAUGCUUCGUGGGUCUGUGGAACGUGAAGGCCCUGCAGUGGUUCGUGUUGGCGCCCCUGUUCUUCUACCUGGUGUUGGGCACGGCAUUCCUCUUGACGGGGUUCGUGUCCCUCUUCAGGAUCCGCACCAUCAUGAAGCAUGACGGCACCAAGACCGAUAAGCUGGAGCGCUUCAUGAUCCGUAUUGGCGUGUUCAGUGUGCUGUACACGGUGCCGGCGACGGCGCUGGUGGCCUGUCUCUUCUACGAGCAGGCCUAUCAUGACGAGUGGAUGGUGGCGUGGCAGAGGGACAAGUGUGGGUCCAAGGAGGAGCCCUGGGUGACCUACAACAUCAACUGUCCCCCGGGUGUCGACAACGAAACGCCGCUCUCAAGGCCAGACUUCAUCUUCUUCAUGGGGAAGUAUCUGAGCACACUGGUGGUGGGCAUCACCUCUGGGUUCUGGGUGUGGAGCGGCAAGACCCUCUCCGUCUGGAAGAACUGCUACAACCAGUGCUUGGGUCGCAGGACUGAGAGUUACGUGUGACAAUCCGCCCCCGCCUGGCCUACUAACGCCCACGCCCUCACGCAGGGGGGAGCAGGAGCCUCAGUUGGUCCGCCCCACACCCCCCAGCCUCCCCCGUCCACCGCCACCACCACUGCUGUAGCCAGACUCCUGCCAGAGGAGGCUGUGCCCUUCAGGCCCACGCGCACUCCUGAGGAAACCAACUUCUGAAGGAGGUGCGUCGUGGUGCUACGGCUGUGGACGGUGGUGGAGGCGGCGAGGUCUUGAGAGGCCUCCCGGCGUCACCCCUCAAGUGUUGGCUCCUCAGUGACGCUCACCAGUCAACCCAGAUGACGUCACCAGAACGAAGAGGAGCCACUGCGCUACGUUAACCUGCGAGAUAGUUGCCAAUUAUCCUAAAUUUAACAAUAUUCUAAUGUUCAAAAAAAGAAAGAAUUAUCAAUGAAUAAAUUUGCUACUGUUCCAAUGUUCAAAAAAAACAAAAAAACGAAAAAAUAUGUCAUUCUGGUUUAGCACUUUAAGAAAGAAAGAGAACCAGACUCCUGCGAGAGGCUGCUGCACUUUAUGAUUCACUGUAAGAGUUAAUUUUUGGCACUCAUCUAUUGGUGAAGUAAGUUGUUUACACCCGGGCCAGGCGGGACCACCACACGUCGUUCUCCGUGAGCGACUCUUUAUUUUUUUUAAAGUUUCAUUUAUUGUAGUUUUAGUUUCUAGGAACAAAUCCUCUUUCUCUUGAGGGUUUUGACGUUCUUAUUUUUCUUCUUUUAUGCAUUAAUAAUUUGACAGAGGGUGCCUGGUGUGGUGCAGAGGUCCACACUCACGGCUCUCAAGGAUUAUUACCUAAAGUUGUCCCCUUAAUGAGUGGUGAGAGAACCCUCCACUCCAGUGGUGGCAGUCUCAGUGUGACACAACAAGUUGGACUCAAGUUGCCGACACAGCUUAAGGGAGACACUUACAUUACGCCUUCACAAGUGCAUUUAAGAGGAAUAGUGUUGUUACUGAAGUGAACCAAUAAAACACGUCCUUACGUCACUAGCUAGAGGGGUAAACUGUUAUAUUGCUAAGAGGGAGGGACUGUGUUGUUGAGUCACCUGAGUCACGUUCUCAUAUCUCCAGCUUUGAGGGGAAAUUUAAGCUAUGAAUCUUUGAGAACGUGAGUUAUGCCACGAUAUGUAGGAGGCAGUGGACCAGAGAAGCGAGUAUGUGUGUGUGACGGGGGGCGUAUUAUGUACACCUCCCGAGACUAGUCACCUGUGUAACUCCGGCAGGGGAACUCUGACCCUUUACUCAGGAGGUGACAAAGGCGAGAAUUCCGUAACACGUACUCACUCCUUCAGGUCGGCAGCCUUCAGGGAGAUGAGCAAUAUUGACCUUUAUGACAGUUUAAGUUAAAGAUCAGUUUCCCUCUGGUUGCUGAGAGGAUACGACUCUUUAGGUUCUUAACGUUAUGUUUUGUUGAGGGAGAAGCUGUGACGACCAGACCAAAGGGCGCCUCUCAUGCUUCUUGUUUACAUUUGGUGGAUACUUAACUUGAUGACACCCUGUGGUCGUGUCAUUACGGUGUGUGUGUGUGUGUGUGUGUGUGUGUGUGUGUGUGUGUGUUCAGAGUAAUUCAGAGUGACCUUUAACUAUUCAAUAUCUGGUUGCGUAAGGUCACGGUCCAAGGUCACAGCACAUUACCCCAGAGGUCCGGAUUCUCAGAAAUUCAUGCGAUUAAUAAUUCCUCUUUAACUGGUGCUCAGAGAACGUAUCUGAUUUCAGUCAAGUAUCAGUGCAAUUUCCAUAUCCUUAGGCCACCAUGUUUGUCUUAGGUUAGGUGAGCCAGUUAAGAUACGUUCCUGCAAUAUCAGUUAAAGGGAAAAAAGUUAACUUACGAAUCUUUGAGAGUCUGACCUCCACAGAUCAUAUGUCUACUUAGAGUGAGACCUUAAUUUAUACCUUGUCAGGAUUUUAGGUAAGACUAAACUUGUUAAUAGAAUAUUUUACAUCACUGGGCCGUGUGGUGUAGAACAUCUCCCUAGUGUGCUCCCAGCUUAAGUUUAUUUAUUUCACAAACGAAAUAAAUAAAUGUUCUUUUAUCAGGCAUUUGACAGGGAAAAAUAGAUCGUAUUUUAUAAGAUAUUUAAUGGGAAAUAGACUGCCCCUUUUUAUGAUAUUUAACAGGAAAGAGAGAAGUAUGACUGCCAUUAUAAGAUACUUAACGAAAGAUAUAACUCCUUCAUGUGUUACGUGACCGGGAGGAGACAAACUGUUUUAGGUCUUUUAUGUUUCUAUGUCGAAAAUCCUUUGGGAGGUGUUGGUUUAAGACCAUCUUCUAACAUGUUAACUUGAAAGUAUCAUUGACAGAUUUUUAACUUGGGAUUUUCUUUUAGGGAUUUUGGAGAAGUCCCUGGUAAGUCUGAAGGACUUAAGGAAACUCCUUAUUGAUGAUAUUUCGUAAGGAUAAGACAUAAAAUCCUACCUGAGCACUUAUAUGGAAUCCCCCUCUGUGGGGUCUUACUGUAGGAUUACUCAUAGAAAUCCCUUGCCAAACUGAGGUCUAUGUAUAGAGUCCCACGAUGGGGUGCCUCUCUAAAAAUCCCUCGUUUUGGAGUUAUCAAUAGAUCCUAAGGGAAUCCCUGACCCCUCAUAAGAUCUUAUAAACUUUCCCUUGUAAGUCCCUUUCCUCUAUAGGGACCCCAUGGGUCCCUUAAACCCCUAAGGGUGGGUGGGGACAAUACAAGCAAGAGUAGUUUGUCACCUGUCGUCAGUGACCUGUCUCCUUGAUGACCACCUGGACACCUGUACCCCUGUUUACAAACUGUUCCUGUAGUAUGACCUGACGACACAGUAAACGCAAAACACUUACCAGUAGUAGAUACAGAACAGUGUAGUUUAUUAUGAUGUACAGUAUAUUUGUGUUUGAAACUGUAGUGGAAUGAUGCAACAGGAAGGAGAUGAAAAAGAAGACUGAGAAUGAAAUGGAAGGAUUGAGGUGUGUGUGAGACAGUGUACAGCACAAGGAUAGUGGUGACUCUCUUUACAUAAUGGAUAGUGAGAGACAAUAUGGUCAGUGAGCUACAGAAAUAAUCAUAGAUUUCUGGUACAGAGAACAGAUUAUGUCGUGUCGUGAGAUCACACCAUGGGGACUUGUUUGUGUAGCUAAAUAUGAGCCAGAGUGGUCCUGGGACACCAGAUGUAAUGCUAAGUUUUGUCUUUAUGUUCUAACUCAGUGGCGUUGCUUUUAUGUAAAUAUUUUUAGGCCAUAGUUAAUGUAAGAUUUUGUUCAUUUUUUUAACUAUAAAUCAAAACGUGUAUCUUUUUUAUGUACUGUACAUGAUAAUCAAAUUAGUAUUUUGUGUGAGUUGUUUUAGGUGGGGAGGAUGUGUUGUGUGCAGGGUGACAUACACACACACACUACACUGUAUAUAAACCUUAUUUAAUAAUAUUUGCAUAAUAGGAUGUAAUAGAAAAUGGUGUCGAAAGACGAGUCAUUAUUGUUUUUUUUCUUUAUUAAGGGAGAUUAAUAAAUAUCUCAGAUCCUUGUGUUAAUAUAAACAUUAAGUUAGAGAGAAAUGAAGAUCUUUUUGGUAAGACUUCUCACAUUGUUGUUAGGAAGUUCAAAGUGUAAAGUACUUAGAAUAUUGUAAUUUUAUAUAUAUAGAUAUAUAAAUGAGGGGGAAUAUUAUUUGUCUCUCUAGGAUGUCAGUGUAUGGAGUUCACACUAAACACAUGAAUUACAAAAUAAAACACAAAAAAACAAGGCAAAGAAGAACAAAAAUGGUUUUUGUUUUUGUUUGUCCUUGUAAGACUUUUAUUUUCAGAUUGAAUAAAUUUUUAACCUUUUUUAAAAUAAAUUAUAAGAGAACUGAGAUUUAAUAUUCCCAAAUAUGUUAAUUUGGGAGUUUAAUGUUGAGAUAUUUAGAUAUUUUGUUCAAUAAUGGAUAAUAUCUGUUUGUUCCGUGUAGUGACCAUUUUUAUACACCGGCCAGCUGCUGUCAUGUGGUGGCCAUCUGUAAUGAAUGGAGUCAUAUGUUCACAAGUGUCAGGUAUGAUGAGUGGAAUCAUCUGUGUACCAGAGUCUAUUUUUACCAAUGAAUCGUUAGUUUGUUGUAGCGUCAAAUUUCACGAAGGAACCAAUUUGUUUACAGGUUAGCUUAAAAUAGUGAAUCAGUUGUUAAUAUAUAAUCAUAGUAUCCAAUAUGAUUAGAUCUUAUUUGCCUACAGGUGUGUUUUCACUUUGAACUGCCAGAUGUAUUGAAUGAAACCAUUUGUGUACAAGUCAGUUUUUAUUAGUAAGCUUUAUGUUUACUGCCACAGCCAAUUUUGUGAACGACCUCCAUUGUUUUAUGUUAACUUACGAAUGAAUCCAUUUGUUUACUAUGAUGUCCUUCACUCGGGAUGCCAGAAACCUCCAGCCAAGCACCGUGUUUAUUGUAAGAUUGUUGUCCCCCCGCCCCCCCUUAGAGGACCCGUGUAUACUGACCGUCACAAACUGGCCACACUACCACCUCCCCCUGUGUGGUGAGUGAUGACACUACAACUUGCAUUUAUAGGGGAUGACUUAACUUAGGAUACCAUAACCAACCUCGAGACUACUGAAAAUUGGGUUCAUGGUAGUUUAUCAUUUAAUUAAUUUUGAUAAAUACAGUACUGUACCGUUUAUGAAUGUAUUAUCAGUACGGUAUUGCAUUAUUAUUACGUAUUGUUAUUAGCUACAAUAUGCUUCAGCUCCAUAUGUCACUGACUGACUCCCUCACUGACAGAGAAUAAUUGUCACUGACUCACUCACUUAUUCACUGUCAGAGAAAAAUUUACUUGUAAGGUGACGCAGCAUACGAGUAACUUGUACUUAUUAUCGUCCUGGCCCCUGGGAGUUUACUGUUCGGUGUCGUGAGUUAUCGUCAGUGUGUGUUGUUGAGACUAGACGACACAAGGCUGGGGUUGUCCUGACCUCACACCACUAGGGGGAGUUACUGGUAGUCUGGCCUCUGGUAGAGUCUAAUACAACAAGUGUUAAAAACUGGUCAUUGUUGGUGUUUGUCCUAACUAAAAAUUUGUUCCAUAUUGAUAAUAGAAAACUCUCAUCUCCUUCCAACUGUUAUUACCAUGAAUAGUUAAUAUGAGAAUUUUUGUUUCAUAGAGAUUUGACCUUUAUUAUUAACUUGCUUAAGGAUUAUUGAUAUUGGAUACUGAGGUACAGAGGUUAAAGGUGUAUUUUGAAAUUAAACAUGACAUUAAUACAUUUCUUUAAGAUAUAGUAAUGUCACUUAGUCUUGUUCAAUAGGUGGAGAGAUGAGGGUGUGUGUGUGUGUGUGUGGUAUGUGUGGUGUAUGUUUGGGUGGUAUACUGGUAUGCAUAUUGGGUGUACUUAUAUAGGAAAUGAUUAUAGGGUGUGUAUAUGUAAGGAAUGUGUACAUUUAAGUGUAUACGUGUUGUAUGGGUAUGUAUUUUGUAUGUGUAUGAUUUUAGAUUUGUUUAGGGCAUACACCAACUACAACCGGUUAGAAAUAAUACUACAACUGUACUAAGAGUGGACAAGAUACAUAGUGUAGUUUGUCCCCGUUCAAAAGUGACUUGAGAACGUCCACAAAGAGCUUGCCACAGUUAUAUAUGUGUAUUUAUGUGUAUAUUGUGUACAUAAUUCCAGUAACUUUUAUAUAUGUUUUGUAUAUAGUACAUAAAUAAAAAGAUCUCAUUUGAA